AUGUCUCGAAAUACUGCUAUUCUUAUCUUCAUUGCUAUCACUAUUAGGGGUCUCGUGGCCGAGUGGUUAGCGUGUCCGUCUACCACUCCCACGACCCGGGUUCGAAUUCUGCAGUUUUUUCAGAUUCAUCCGGGUAGCCGACCCCCGGUCAACCCAGCCGUCCAUCCUUUCGAGGUUACAUUCCUUCAGCAUAUGACUGCAACUGCUUGUUUGUCUGGCUCCACCACUCCCGAUAUAACUGCGUAUCUUUAUAUCUUCAGUAGCCACAAAAAUAUAAAAUCAUAUUCUAAUGAAUGUCUCGAUAGCUCUGUGACUGCUGAAAGUGAGUAUGAUGUUGUCUAA